AUGGUCGCCGGCAAGAGCAACCCCGCCAGCGUGUCACGCGCAGCCACCCAAGCAGCGCCUCGACUUCCUCCCUUACCGAAAUUGAAAGUACGAAGACCCGAUCGUGCAGAUGCGAAUCCUUGCAUUGGAGUCAUGUCGAGUGUGUUGGGAUGCUGGGCUUCACAGGGAUAUUCAACAGCUGGAUGCGCUGCGCUGGAACAGUCGUUGAGGUCUUGUAUGGACGCGAGGAAAACGCAACAACAGAAGAAGAGCAGCAUCAACCACCACCUGUCGAGAUUUUACCCCAACAUCAUUGGACCGCACAAGAGGGAUUAG